CAGCACUUGGGCGGUGACGCAGGGAGGAAAUCCUUAAAGUGCCAGAAAGCUACUGGACGCCAUUCCCGACAAUCAGUGUACGUUCUCACAGAACCAUGGCAACAACUCCUGAUGCUGCUUUUGAGGUCCUCAUGAAUGGAGUGACCAGUUGGGAUCUUCCUAAAGAACCCAUUCCCAGUGAACUCCUCCUUACUGGCGAGGCUGCCUUCCCAGUGAUGGUGAAUGACAAGGGCCAGGUGCUCAUUGCUGCCUCUUUCUACGGCCAAGGCCGCCUGGUGGUCGUGUCCCAUGAGGGCUACCUGCUGCAUGCUGGCUUGGUUCCUUUUCUUCUCAAUGUGGUGAGCUGGCUCUGCCCCUCCCCAGCGGCUCCCAUCGCAGUGCAUUCUUCCUUAGCAUCAUUAGUUAACAUCCUAGGAGACUCUGGGAUAAAUGCAGUGGUUCAGCCUGAGCCUGGAGAGGCUCUGGGAGUUUAUUGCAUUGAUGCCUACAAUGACACCUUGACUGAGAAGCUGAUCCAGUUUGUGAAGCUUGGUGGGGGCUUGCUCAUUGGAGGCCAGGCCUGGAAUUGGGCCAGUCAACAUGGCAGUGACAAGGUGCUGUUCAGUUUCCCUGGGAACCAGGUGACAAGUGUGGCUGGAGUAUACUUCACAGAUGUCUACGGGGAUAUAAGCCGGUUCAAGGUCUCUAAAAAGGUACCCAAGAUCCCACUCCAUAUCAGGUGUUGGGAGGAGCUCAGGCGUGACCAGGAACAGCUUUUGGAUGGGAUCUCUAUGUUGGACAUCAGGACUGGGGGUGUCCCCUCACAGCUGCUGGUGCACGGGUCCCUGGCCUUCCCUGUGGGGCUCGAUAACUCCUUCCUUAGCUGCUUCCUAGCAGCUGCCCACUAUGGCCGUGGUCGUGUGGUGUUGGCUGCACAUGAGGCCAUGCUCUGGGCUCCUAAGAUGGAACCCUUUUUGCUCAAUGCUAUACGUUGGUUGUCCAGAGACCAGAGAGAUAACAUUGGGGUGAACAAAAGUCUCAAGAAUCUGAAUUCCCUAUUGUUGAAGCAUGGCUUGAAAUGCAGCCUGGAGUCCAAUUUGACCAAUGAUAUGUGUGUCUACUGCUGUGUAGCUUAUGGUGACCAGGACGCCAAGAAAAUACAGGAGUUUGUAGCGGAGGGUGGAGGGUUGCUCAUUGGUGGUCAGUCCUGGUGGUGGGCUUCCCAGAACCCAGGCAUCUCUGCAUUGGGUAGUUUCCCUGGGAAUAUGAUCCUCAAUACUUUUGGCCUCAGCAUUUUGCCUAGGACCCUCAGCCCAGGCUGUUUCCCUCUCCUUUCUAUAGAUAUAAGAAACUAUCACUUUCGAAGGGCUCUUUCUGAGUUCCAGGCUAUGUUGAACAACAAGAGUGGGAACUUGGAAAAGAGGUACUUGAAAAAGUUGGGAGUAGAUGGGGCAGGCUUUCUUCAGAUUCCUGCACAGGGGAUUCCUGCUUAUUUAUCUGUGCACCGGAUCCUGAGGAAGUUGGUGCGAAAGGCAGGCCUCCCAGCUGUGAGCAAGAAUAAUCCAGUGUCCAGUCACUCCUGUGAGGCUGCACUUCUCCAUCUAGCCACAGAGCUGGCACAUUCUGGGACUGAUUGCUCCCAGAUAGCCCAGAAUCUUGGCACUCAGGCCUGCUCCAAUCUCUGCUCCUCAGAACACCCCAUUACUGUGGAGAUCAAUGGAACCAACCCAGGUGACAGCGAUGUCUGGAUGAGCACUGGGCUCUACCUCCUGGAAGGACAAAGCACAGAGAUCUCUCUCUCUGAACCUGCUGCCUCUGCUGGCCUGAAGGUGCAGAUUGGAUGUCACACUGAUGACCUUAGCCAGGCCAAACAGCUGUUUCGAGCCCCUGUGGUAACUUACCAGUGUUGUAUGAACAGAACCCAACGGUCAGUCUCUUGCCUCUGGGGUGGUCUCCUGUACAUCAUUGUACCCAAAGGCUGUCAACUUGGCUCUGUAUCUGUUACCAUCACGAAGGCAGUGCCUGCCCCAUACUUCAAACUAGGUAAGACAUCACUGGAGGAAUGGAAGAUAAGCAUCCAGAAGAACCUGGGCCCCUGGGGAGAGUUGGCCACAGACAAUAUCAUCCUGACGGUGCCAACUGCAAGCCUCAAGACUCUGGAGGAUCCAGAGCCUCUGCUGAAACUCUGGGAUGAGAUUAUGCAGGCUGUGGCCAGGCUGGCAGCCAAGCCCUUCCCUUUCAAAAGGCCUGAGAGAAUUGUUGCUGAUGUUCAGAUAUCAAGCGGCUGGAUGCAUUCAGGAUACCCCAUCAUGUGCCACGUGGAGUCCGUGCAGGAGCUAGUCAGUUUGGCAGACAUAAAAUGUAAGGGCCUGUGGGGACCCAUCCAUGAGCUGGGCCACAAUCAGCAGUGCAGGGGUUGGGAGUUCCCCCCACAUACCACCGAGGCUACCUGCAACCUCUGGUCAGUCUACGUUCAUGAGACAGUCCUGGGGAUUCCCAGGGCUCAGGCCCACCCGGAACUGAAACCUGAAAAGAGAGAGAAGAGAAUUAAAGAACACCUUCAGAAAGGAGCACCCCUGCACAACUGGAAUGUCUGGACAGCACUGGAGACAUAUCUGCAGCUCCAGGAGGUCUUUGGGUGGGAGCCAUUCAUCAACCUCUUUUCUGAAUACCAAACCAUUUUUCACAUCCCUGAAGACAAUGAGUGCAAGAUGAACAUCUGGCUGAAGUUGUUCUCUGAGAAAGUGCAGAAGAACCUGGUUCCUUUCUUUGAAGCCUGGGGCUGGCCUAUCCAGAAGGAUGUGGCUGAAGACCUGGCCUGCUAUCCUUCCUGGCAUGACCACCCCCUAAGGAUGUACAUGGAGUAGUAGGGGCCCUGGAAUCUGCUGGCGUGGGGGAAGGGUACUGGAGUAGGGGAAGGAUAUUGGGGUGUGGUGAAAUGGGUGGGAUAAGACAGGACCACAGUACUGGUUUUACUGGGUUCUGGCUUGAGAAACUCACUGCCUUAACUAUUUUUUCCACUAUUUGGCUUCCAAACAUAUUUUGGGUUGUUUUAAAUAUCAUUCCAUGCUUUCUUGAGAAAGUUACUUGUGAUAAUGAACCUAGUGAAUGUUCCUUUCCACAUCCCAAACUCAGGGACCAUUUCUUAAGAUACAACCAGUAUCCCCGAGUAGAUGCUUUGCACAUGAAAAACACAAUGCUAUAUGAAAGGUCACUAAAGUCUCCUGACACAGAAGGAACAGUCAGUGCACUGUCUUAAGACUUGUGUACAAUGUUUUCUCUGAGUUACAUGGCUAAUCUUCUAUCAGUUAAUAUCUCCUUAACAUACAAGAGAAACUGGCAUGAAUAUUAAACAACUUCUUUUUUUUUUUAGUUAUAUUCUUUAUUUAUAUUUCAAAUGAUUUCUCCUUUCCUGGCCCCCCCUCCAAAAAGUCCCAAAAGCCAUCUCACCCUCUCCACCCCGUUCCCCAAUCAAGCCCCUCCUGCUUCCCUGUCCUGGUAUUCCCCAACACUGCUGCAUCAAGUCUUUCCAGGACCAGGGGCCUCUUCUCCCUUUGAGGUCCAAUAAGGCCAUCCUCUGCUGCCUAUGUGUCUGGAGCCAUGGGUAACACCAUGUGUACUAUCUGGUAGAUGUUUUUGUCCCUGGAGUACUGGGUGGCUCGUAUCAUUGUUCUUCCUAUGGCGCUACAAACCCCUUCAGCUCCUUGGGUCCUUUCUCUAGCUCCCCCAUUGGGGACCCUGUGCUCAGUUCAAUGACUGUCUGAGAUUGUCCCCCUCUGUAUUUGUCAUGCACUAGCAGAGCCUCCCAGAUGACAGCUAUAUCCAACUCCAGUCAGCAAGUACUUGUGGGCAUUGAUAAUAGUGUCUGGGAUUUGUAAUUGUAUAUGGGAUGGAGCACUAGGUGGGGUAGUCUCUGGAUGGUCUUUCCCUAAGUCUCUCCUCUACACGUUGUCACUGUAUCUGCUUCUGUGGUUAUUUUGUUCCUCCUUCUAAGAAGGACCAUGUCAGACUUCACAGAUGUUCAUAACAGUGAUAGACUGUGGAUCUUAUCUUCAACAGAUUGAUAAUGUUAACAAAAAUUUGCCCAAGAGAUAGAUGAAAGUUUAAUGACAUCUACUUGCUUCCCUAUGUUCAUUAUUGAAUUUUGACUAAAUACCAAAUUGAAUCUCUAAGUAUUUUUGGCAACUAAUCUUCCCUUUACCUCAAGAUUCAUCUGUCUUGAGAGGAAACCAGACUUGGGAAAAUACUUAAAACAAGGAAUUUCAUUUCCCACACUGGUGGUAUUCUUAAUCAUACUGGGAGGGAGAGGUGAGUAGGGAGUAAUUAAUGCUGGAAUGAAUGGGUUAUCUAAGAGACCAAACCAAAUCCUAACCAUGUGCACACCACCUCUGUAGGACCUGGAGCCCUGUGAUGGUUUCUUCUUGUUCCUGCAGAGACUCUGGCUCUGCCUCUUGUCUUUAUGCUCUUGGUUAAUUAUCUAUGACUGAAAUACCCAUAGAUAAUGCUUGCAAACAUAAAACAAGAAUAUUUUUUGCUCACAAUUUUAUAGUUCUAUGUUUAGAAAUCCUAUUUAGGAGAAAGUAUUGAAGAAUAGUAAGCUCAGAAAAAGUCCCAGCACAAUGAGUCACAAAGUUCCAUCCCCAGUUAGAGAUCUGUUGGCUGCUGGGAGGAGAGCCAGCUUUCUUCAGCUAUGUGGUCCCUGAGGGGUUACCUAUUCCAUACACCUGCACACAUAUAGGUAGCACUAUGACCUUUAAAAUGAGCACAUGAAUUUAGGAGGGAAUAGACAUGUGGGGAUAGGUGAUGAAGGAGAAGGACAUGGGAAAUGUUUUGAUCAAAGCACCUUAUAUACAUGUAUGGAAUUCUCAACUAAUAAAAAUGAAGAAAA